UGAUCCGAGCUGCAUUGUAAAUAGACAUCAGCGGUACGACGAAGCCAUGCCUUCUUAGUCUCUUUAAAUCACUUUCAGUUGAACAGACCCUUGGCGAUCGGGUACUCCUUUCCUCCAGAUCAACAUUUCGUGGGUGACUUUGGACAUUUAGCCUCAUUAAAAGGUUAUUCAAGCAUGUACCGGUCUUUGUAUGCCUUCCGAUCCGCGGAGCCCAACUCGCUGCACUUCGGGGCCGGAGAAAGCUUCCUAAUCCUUGAGAGGAGCAACAAACACUGGUGGCUGGGGUCCCGGUGCAGCUCGGGGGAGACGGGCUACAUCCCUGCCUCAUACAUCGAGAAAAUACAGGCUCCGGAGCAGGAUGACGUGCUGCAGUCCAUCGACAGAGCAAUUGAGGGAAUCCAUAAUGUGGCCUUAAAAAAUGGGGGCAAAUACAAUCUCGAGCAGCGAGACGUUCUCCAAAAGCUGAUCCAUCACAGAAAGGAAACUCUUGCUCGGCGAAGUUCCUCUUCCGCCGGACACAAACAAGGCCUCCCAUCUUCCAGCAGCGAGAUAUCUCUCAGUCAAACCCCUCCUCCCCCCAACGGCCUUAACAGAGACUACGGGCGACAGGGAAGCGUGCCUUUGUCAGGAAGCAUGGACAGUAUGCACGGAGAGCAGGGCUUUUACCAGAUUCCCCCUCAGCCUCGCCGUGCGGCUCCGAUCACCCCACCUCCCCCUGAAAAACAGCGGAACAGCCGGCGCCCAGAGCCGGAGGUCCCCUCCAGAGUGUCCUCUCUCCCACCGUCCCCCGCCCCCUCCCUCUCGAUCAGCACCACCUCUCUGGAGUCUGGCUCCUCCCACUCCCUGGUGUCCUCUGAUGUCAGUCUGCCAAGUGUGUCCAGCACCCCUCCUCCCCCCGUUCCGUCCCGUGUGAAGCCCCCCGCCCCCCCUCCCCCUCCCGACGUCCUGCCGUCCGAUUCUCCUCCCCAGCCGGCUCCUGCGAAGAAAAGCCCGGCGCCGCAGCCCCCUCAGCCCGCCGAGCCCCCCCGUCCAGUCCAGCCAAAAGUGGAGGAGCAGCCGGACACAGACUGGCCGGUUGCCCCCCCUUCUGUUGCCGAAAGCCCCCCCGGCAGCCCUACCGCCGCUCAGCCGGUUCCCGUGAGCAUCGGAGCUGAGCUGAUCGAGAUGGUGCGGAAGAACACGGACCUGAGUUACGAGCGCUCGCGGGUGGCCGUGGCCGUGGUGGUCGGCCACCUGCAGACCGCUCUGCCUCAGGCCUCGUCCGCUCUGGAGCAGGUGCUGCUCUCGCUGGUGGAAAGCAAGGACUUCAGCGCCGCGCUGCCGCGGGGUCAGGUGUGUCACGAUGAACAGCGGCUGGAGGUGAUCUUCAGUGACCUCACCCGCCACCGCGACGACUCGCAGCAGCGCAGCUGGGCGCUUCAUGAGGACCACGCUCUCAUUUCCUGCUACCUGGAGGAGCUGCUGAAGAUACUGACUGAUGCCGAUCCCGAGGUUUGCAAGAGGAUGUGCAAGAACGAUGACUGUGAGAAUGUGCUGUCGCUGGUUUCAUAUUAUCAGAUGGAGCUUCGAGUGUCUUUGCGGCUGCUUCUGCUCAAAGUGUUUGGGGCGAUGUGCAGCCUGGACGCUGCUCUCAUCUCCACCCUCCUCAACUCCAUCCUCCCCAUGGAGCUGGCCAGGGACCUACAGACAGACAAACAGGAACACCAGAAGAUGUGCUACACAGCUUUGGUUCUUACGAUGAUCUUCUCCAUGGGUGAGCAGGUGCCAUAUCAUCAUUACGAACACCUGAAUGCCGACUUUGUUCAGUUUCUGCUGGGUGUGGUGGAGGACGGUCUUCCCUCUGAUCCCACAGAGCAGCUGCCUGACAUCUUCCUGAACCUCCUGCUGGCCUUUAACCUGCAUCACACAUCUCCCAGCAACAACGUGAUAAUGCAGGAGCUGAAGCAGAAAAAUGUCAAGAUCCUGACAGAGAAAGUCCUGCUGCUACUGAACAGAGGCGAUGACCCCGUGUGUAUGUUCAAACACACCCCACCGGCACCGCACUCUGUGCUCAAAUUCCUGCAGGAUGUUUUUGCCGACCGAGAGACCUCCGACAUCUUCUACCGCACUGACAUGAUGGUGAUGAUCGACAUCGCCGUACGACAAAUAUCUGACCUUUCACCUGGAGAAAAGCUGCGAAUGGAGUAUCUGUCCCUCAUGCACUCCAUAAUGCGCUCGACGGACUACCUGGAGCACCAGCACCGUCUGUCUGACCUGCAGGGGACCCUGCAGAGGAUUCUUAGGGAGGAGGAAGAUCCAGGAGAGGAUGAAGGGAGUGCCACAGCCAAACAGAUGGAUAAGCUAAUAGUACAGCAGAUCUACAAGGAGUUUCCACAGAUCUGUGAGAAACAGGACUAACCAUAUCAGUAUUAGGCACACACUCUGUAGUCUGCUCCCAUCUACUGUGAGGAGGUAUGGUAAAGCUGCCAAAGGGAAGAUCUGAAGUUUGCGGACAACUGAUAUUCUGUGCCAGCUGAGAAAAACAGAGCAGUGUUUUUUUCUGGACUUUGCAGGGCUGCAGCAUGCACGCAGUAUCAAUAUUUUCACAGCUUUUCGAGAAUGAAAAAGAAAAAUUUCUCAACCUUUAGAGCAUUUAGAUCAUAGAAAUAAUCACAGUGAAUUGUAGGCCAAACCUUAAAGCUGCUCUCAAAGUGAAUCCUUAGCAAUAAUAACCGUUUGAACCUUAUAUGAGCUGCCCAUGCUUGAGAUUGUGGCAUAAAAGUUAUAAAAGCAACAGCUGCACCUUAUUCUAACCAAACUGACUUCAACCAAAUGGGUCCCCGAGACUAUGUAAAGAUUUGUAAGAAAGAGACGGAUCUGUGGUUGCAUGCACAUAAAAGAGUUAUUUCAGUGCUUACAGAAUACUGUACUUUUAACUUUUACAUACUUCCCUUGUGAUGGGACCAAACUACUCUGUGUUGCUGAGAGUAUUAUUUUCUUAACUCGGUACUGCACUCUUAAAACUGACUUCCUGUUUAAUUUAACCAACAUUUAAUUAUGCGUAAGAUGCUAGGGAAAUGUGAAUAAGUUAAAAAAGUUUACUUCUCUUGUGAGAUGAACAAAGCACACCCUGACUCUUGCUGCCAUUGUUAAGCUUGAAGCUGAGUAUCUUGCUGCUCCAUAUCGAGUCCCUGCUGUUUUUGCAUCUGCAGCUAUCUCAGUCUGUUAAAUGGGACUUUUCCUUACAUUUACAGAAAUUGCUCUGUAUUUGCAAACUCAAAGCUCCCUGACCAUCACCGACUGUUUACAGAGUCAAACUAUUGUUUUGGCAUCAAGCCUUAGCUGAUGCAUGAUGUUACGUGAUUAUUAUCUGCGGUGAUACAUCGCACGGCAUUGUUCACUAUAAUCUCAUCUUCCUGCUGAAAAUGAAGACAGUGAAAUGGAAAAGCAGGGCAUUUAUUUUUUAUCUCCUGGUGGUUUCAGUUCAAUUUCCCUUGUUUUUGCCCAACAAUGUUGUGACUGACGUUUUUCCAUCUUAACGCCUUUCCUUGUUUAAUCUUGUCCCUGGCAUGGCUUUGAAAGCCUGUCACAAUCCUGAACAAAUAUUGGAUUUUAGUUGAUCUCUGUGUCUACAUUAUUUGACUAAUUGGGUCUGUUUACAAGACGUGUGGGUGGUGAACAUCUCCAUUAAUAACUGUCUGCAAACAUGCUGCAAUUGUGUAAUAAUGAAACUAAUAAAGCUAUAUUUUAACAGUGAACGUUUUCAUGUGGUGUUGUGGAAUAUACAACAUGAUCAAAGCUGAAAGUUUGAAUGAACAGC